AUGCGAGAUGGUGCGACUGGGAACGCCUCGCGACACCCCCUGGCCGUACGUCAGUGGGACUCAUUGAUCGCCGUCAACUAUGCAGCGAGACCGUUUGGCAUCUCCCGCAUGCUCUCGGCCACCGAGGCCCGAGGAAAGUGUCCUGAUAUCGUCCUGCAGCAUGUCGCGACCUUCAGAGAGGGAGAGGGUGGGCGAUGGGCCUACCGAGAUGAUUCGUUCAGAAACAUUAAGACGGACAAGGUCUCGCUAGAUCCAUACCGCGCUGAAUCACGAAAGAUCCUCAAGACUAUGAAGGAUGCGUUGGAGCGAUGGUGUACGGAUGAGUCGGAACCUGAGCUCUAUCCUCUGACCCGGGGGCUCUCCGCCGUUUUAGAGAAAGCAGGUAUCGACGAAGUGUUUAUUGAUCUUUCUCCAUUAAUAUACUGCGUCUUGCUACGGAGGUACCCUGAAUUACGGCCAAGCCCGCAGGAUGAGAACAAAGAUGCCCUUCUCCCUUUCCCUCCUACUACGGCGCUGAUGUGGGAUCCCGAAGACUGCUUGGUCGAAUUAGACAAGGAUGCAAGCGAAGAAGAUGACCCGGAUUGGGAUGAUAUUGUCAUGCUGGUGGGUGCGGAGAUUGUACGCGCAGUGAGGAAUGCCGUAUGGGAGAAGCUUCACUAUACCUGCUCUGCAGGCCUUGCUCGCAAUAAGAUGCUCGCGAAGCUGGGCAGUGCAUGCAACAAACCCAAUCUGCAGACCGUGGUGCGGAACCGUGCGGUGCAGCACUUUCUCGGAGGCUACAAGUUCACCCAGAUCCGGAUGCUUGGUGGAAAGCUGGGCGACCAAAUUACUUCUAUCUUCGGUACGGAGCAAGUAAGCGAUCUUCUCAAUGUUCCCCUCGAACAGCUACGCACGAAAUUAGACGAUUCCACCGCCUCUUGGCUAUACGGUAUUAUCCGCGGAGAUGAUCGCACCGAGGUCAAUCCCCGGACACAAAUCAAAUCCAUGUUAUCUGCGAAAUCCUUUCGACCAAGCAUCAAUUCGAUGGGACAGGCUGAGAAAUGGCUCCAUAUCUUUGCAGCUGACAUUUACGGGCGUCUUGUAGAGGACGGCGUGCUUGAGAAUAGACGCCGUCCUCGAGUGAUCACCCUACACCACCGGACGGUUCAAUCAAAAUCUCGGCAAAUGCAUAUUCCAGCUUCUAACACGAUUGACGAGAAUCUUCUCUUUGAUCUUGCCAAGAAUUUACUUCGCCAAGUCGUGGCUGACGGACAGGCCUGGCCUUGCUCGAACCUCUCGUUGAGCGUGAGUAGUUUCGAGGAUGGCGUGGGCAAAAAUAAGGUCAUUGAAGGUUUUUUGCUUCGAGGUGAGCAGGCCAAGUCCUUGAGCUAUUCAAUUAGACCCCGCGAUUCGGAAAGCGCUUCAAGUGAACAGCCUCCCGGGAAGAGGAAGAAAGUUGAGGACAGUGGGAUAAAGCGAUUUUUCCUUCAUUCCCUCGUUGCUAAAGAUCCCGGCUUCAAUGUUGAAGAUCCCGCUGCGUCUGACAAUGAAGGCCUCCAGGCACCCCCAGACCAAGAUCCGGACUUCGUCAAUCCCGAGAUCUUGGAGGGUCAAAUAGAGGGCGCAGAAUAUGCGCAAUACACUUGUCCUCAAUGUUCUAAAUCUAUCCCUGAGUAUGAAAGGGAGGAGCAUGAUGAUUGGCACUUUGCCAAAGACCUGGAAAUACAAGACCGGCAGGAAGCGAGAAGUAUGCAACAGUCUCGUCCGGCGAAUCCGGCCACCUCGAGGAAUUCUAAUACCCGUGGAAGAGGUGGGCGAGAAGGCAAGGGUAAGCCGGAGAAAGGGCAGAUGCGCCUUGCUUUUCAAUGA